ACCCGGACCGAAUUUGCUAUCAAGGUGGUGGAUGCCGAUUUGCGAGACUCGGAGGAAUACGAGAACUGCUGUGACGAAUUGAGGGCCGAGUACGUGAACUAUUGCGUGUUGCAGAAAGUCGCGCAACGCGAAAAUUACGCGAGUAUAAUUGCUCGUCAUGUCCCAAAAUGCUACGGAUUGUAUCAGGUCUCGGGUGAGCCGUCUCUGUUCUUUUUGAUCACGGAUUUCGUAGGGGAGCGUAUCCCAGAAUUCGCGUCGAGGAGCUUGAGGGAGGACAGAAAGAAACAAAUCAUGCAUGCUCUCAUUGAGCUUCAUAAAAUCGGCGUUUUCCAUGGCGACGCUCGUGCUGAAAAUAUGCUAUUUGACAGCAUGUCGUACAGCGUGAAGAUGAUCGACUUCGCCAGAAGUUAUUGGCAUGAGUGUGGCGGUUUGUCGGGUUGCGAUGAGCUGACAGAGAUUUGGAGGGUCUUGUUCCAAAACAAGCUAAUGAGACCCCUACGUCUGCGCACACAAAAUGCCGAGGAUAACGUUAUAGGGGCGAGCAAGGAAGAAAAGGCAAGGUUCAGAAACCAACUGGGUUUGUGUUUAUUGCCAUUUUGUGGGAAGGAAUUUGUAGAUACUGUCAUCAUUUGA